CCUCGCCCCCGUCGACCUCACCGACCACCACGAUGGCCGCCAGCACCCUUCGUCAGCGCACUGCCGCCGCCGCGCCGCGCAAGGAGAAGGAGCACGACGUCCUCGCGUCGUCCGACUCGGAGGAGGAGCACCAGGACCCGCUCAAGGCGCUCGAGAACGAGUACCCGCCGUUCGUCGUGCCCAACCUCACGAUCAAGGAGGUCCUCGGCGCCAUCCCGGCCAAGUGCUUCGAGCGCUCGGCUCUGCGCUCGUCGACCUACGUCGUCGGCGACUUCCUCAUGGUCGCUGCCCUCGGGUACGCCGCGUACCACAUCGACCCGGCGUUCUCGUACACCGGCGGCAAGCACCUCGACGGCUGGGCCGGGUUCGCCGCCAAGUGGGCCGCGUGGAGCCUGUACUGGACCCUCCAGGGCUGGGUCAUGACGGGCAUCUGGAUCCUCGGCCACGAGUGCGGCCACCAGGCCUUCUCGACGUCCAAGACGAUCAACAACACGAUGGGCCUGUUCCUCCACUCGUUCGUCCUCGUGCCGUACCACUCGUGGCGCAUCUCGCACGCCAAGCACCACGCCGCGACCGGUCACCUCACGCGCGACGAGGUCUUUGUGCCCCGCACCAAGUCGACCCGCAACCCCAAGCCGACGGGCAAGAAGCUCGAGGUGUCGCGCAACGUCGAGAUCGACGAGCUCCUCGAGGACGCGCCCGUGUACCGCCUCGGGUGGAUCAUCGUCCAGCAGCUGUUCGGCUGGCCCGCCUACCUGUUCACCAACGCGUCGGGCCAGCUGUGGUACCCCAAGUGGACCAACCACUUCGACCCGUCGUCGCUCGUGUUCGACGCCCGCCACCGCAACCAGGUCCUCAUCUCGGACGCGUUCCUCGUCGGCAUGGUCGGCCUCCUCACCCUGUUCGGCUCGGUCAUGGGCGGCUUCUCGGCCGUCGCCAAGUACUACAUCGUCCCCUACCUCCUCGUCAACCACUGGCUCGUCAUGAUCACCUACCUCCAGCACACGGACCCCCAGCUGCCGCACUACUCGGCCGACAUGUGGAACUUCCAGCGCGGCGCCCUGUGCACCAUCGACCGCAACCUCCUCGGCCCCGUCGGCCCCUACCUCAUGCACGGCAUCACCGAGACGCACGUCGCGCACCACAUCUCGUCCAAGAUCCCGCACUACCACGCCUGGGAGGCGACCGAGGCGCUCAAGUCGUUCCUCGGCGAGCACUACCACGCGACGGACGAGAACAUGUUCGUCUCGCUGUGGAAGAGCUACAAGCAGUGCCGCUACGUCGAGGACGAGGGCUCGGUCCUGUUCUACAAGGACGCGUACGGCCGCGCUCGCCGCAACUACGUCCUCCCCGACGUUCCCUCCGACUCGGGCGUCGACGUCGAGUAAAGCCUCGUCGUUUGUCCCCCUCCCCCGCAUGCACCCCUCGUUCCUUUCCCCCUACACGCUCUCUAUCUAUCCCCCUCUUCUUCGGUAGUGCCGUCAGCGACGGCCAGGUUGUUCUGUCAGUAGAUGGGCUCGCUUCCUCGAGCCUCGCCGCUUCCCCUCCUCCUUCCCCUCUCCUCCCCUUUGUACCCGACCGUCCCUCGCGACGGUGAAAUCCACUUUGGUCGUCCCAGUU